AUGGUAGGCGAGGCUUCUUCCGUGGUCAAGGUGCCGCGGAUUGCAAUCGCAUUCUGUACGCAAUGUAAAUGGAACUUGAGGGCUGCCUAUUACGCUCAAGAAUUGCUCCAGACUUUUGGCACUAGCAUUGGCGAGAUUGCUUUGAUUCCAUCGACUGGGGGGUUAUUCACUGUCACAGUCACAACAACCCCUGUUGUUGAUAGUGCUUUGAAUGGCAAUGUUGCAACAGCGGCGUCACCAACGCUAGCGACCGAUACAGUGAUAUGGGACCGAAAGACCGAAGGCGGAUUUCCAGAAACCAAAGAAUUGAAGAACCGGGUUCGCAAUAUUAUCGAACCCGGCAGGGAUCUUGGGCAUAUUGAUCGGAGCCUGAAAAAGGGCAGCUCACAGCCAACCCAAGCAGAGGCCGACAACCCUGAGCCGAAGCCAGACGCCAAUGUCAACCGGGACCAACAAAGGGUGCAAGAAGGAUGCGAGGACUGCAAGUAA